UUUUCUGGGUUCUGUUAUUAUAAAUUUUUGUUGGUGCGCGUAAAUGACGUCAGUAAAUAUAAUUAAAAACAAUGAUUAUUAAACUUGCUAAAGUAAUAAGCUGUUCUUCGGAACAUGCAUCCAAUCCUGCAACUAAUCUUCUUCAGCAUCGCUCAAACACUUCAUGGAGAUGUGCGAAACCAGGAGAAAUGCUUGCCACAGUUAUUUUUCAAUUGGCUGAACCAUCUUGUAUCACAGGCUUGGAUAUUGGUAAUUAUCGUAGUUGCGUUGUGGUAGUUAGUGCUUCCACAUCAGCAGAGCCUGACAACUGGCUUCCUAUUGUAAAUCACCAAUUUCUAACACACGAUGAGGCUGCGAAUGGCAAGUUCAGAGAUCAAGUAGAAAUAUUUACAAAAAAGGACUUGAAUCCUGAGACAAUAAAAAUAAAGUUUGACCGUGUUAAAGUAACCUGUAUGCAGUCUGCAAAUUUGAAAGAAUUAUUUGGAUUGUCUUUUAUCGUUUUUAAAACAGAAGUUGUUGUCGAUUUGGGAUUAGAUAUUUUUGGAAGAUUUAAGAUGAAACACCCUGAAGAGGACAAGAAUAAUUCUUCCGUAGAUGAUUUUAAAGAAAAAUAUCUGAAGAUGAUCAAUAGUAAAAAACCAGAUUACAAAGCUAACUUGUUCUCAAAAAUCAAAGAGACCGGUAUGAAUAAUUUUUCUAAACGACAGGAAGAAAAUAAAGAACCAAUGAAAAGGCCGUUAUUGGAGAAAUUAGAAGCUGGAAAAGCUGAUGAAGUAUUUGGAACUAAGACACAAGAUCCUACUAAUUCACCAUCGGUAAAUGGUUCUAAAGCUAAAGAUGCAAAAGUUACAGACUUGAAUGAUAAACCAGUAGCACGAACUCCAUUUGGUGAUAUUGUAUCUGCACCUUCACCAAAGACAGCUAAGAAGGAUGCAAAAGAAGAAAAUCAAAGACACAGUACAAAUAGAAGAAAACGUUCGUUGAGCCCUGAAGAAAGUUCAUCGAAGGAGAACAUAAACAAGAAGAAACAAAGCUGCCCUGACUGUCGAGAUGAGGAAGACAAAAUAUGCCAAAAUUGUGGAAAACUACCACAGCCUAGGCCAAGCCCAAGACCAGAAAGAGCUACAAAGAAGAGGAAUAUUGAGGCACAAAAACCAACAAAAUUAUUUUCAAAACUUUUCGAAGAUAUUACAUUUUCCCUGAGUGGGUAUGUUAAUCCGCAAAGAGAUGAAAUAAGGAGGAAAGCUCUCCAAAUGGGUGCCAAGUACAUUGCUGACCCCAAUACAACUAACAAAAAGUGUACUCAUCUGAUAUGUGCCUUCAAGAAUACACCAAAGUAUCAGCAAUUAAAGGGUCAUUCCAAAAUUGUUUCACAUACUUUCAUUGAAGACUGUUUUAAUGAGAAGAAAAGGUUUCCCUGGAGGCGUUACGCAUUAGACAGCAAAGACAAAGCUGAAUCAGAAAGUGAAGAAGAAAUUUUGGGUAGCUCAUCAGCACUCAAAACAUCUAAUGUGUUUGAAGAAGAUACCGAUUCCGAUUCUAAUUACUAAAUUCAUUUUGUAUAAUGUUCCACACAAAUGAGACAUAGCUGUUAAUAGAAU